GAGAGGGGGGAACCAGGGGUAGAGGGCGACAGAGAGAGGGGGGAACCAGGGGUAGAGGGCGACAGAGAGAGGGGGAACCAGGGGUAGAGAGAAAGGGAAGGACAAAAGUUGAAUGUUGACAGAGGGAGUGUGGAUAUUAAUCGGGAGAUAAACAAAAAGGAGGAGAGAGAGAGGGGGGGACGGGGGAAGAAAGAAAAAAACAAAUAGAUACACAUUGACAGAGUGGACUGGACUUCAAUGAAGCACUGACAUCAGCAAAAGAAAGGGGGAGAAAGGAGGUCACUGCAGUCUGAAGUAGGUGCUGUGCACUGUAGUUCCUUAAGCACGCUUACUAUGAAACAGGAGUUAGGACAAGCAAAGACAGACAGACGUUCUCUACACGAUUGAACCAUGUUGCUGAAGGAGUAUAGAAUAUGCAUGCCACUAACUGUGGAAGAGUAUAAGAUUGGGCAGCUGUACAUGAUCAGUAAACACAGUAAUGAGCAGAGCGGAGGAGGGGAGGGAGUGGAGGUGGUGAGGAACCAACCAGACACACAUCCCCAACAUGGCCUGGGACAGCUCACUGAGAAACGCAUCUACCUCAAUAGUAAACUGCCAUCCUGGGUGAGUGUGUUUGUCCCCAGGGUCUUCUAUGUGACAGAGAAGGCCUGGAACUUCUACCCUUACACCAUCACAGAGUACUCAGUCUCCUUCCUUCCUAAGUUCAGUAUCCGUAUUGAGACCAGGUUAGAGAACAACAAUGGUGACAACAAUAAUGUAUUUGGAGACAGGCCCACCCCUGCAGAGAGCGUGAGUCACCUGGAUAUCCUCAUUGACCCCAUCCCUGACAAACACUACAAGGAGACAGAGGACCUGAGUCGCUGGGUGUCUGAGAAGACGGGCCGAGGCCCCCUGGUGGAAGGGUGGCGUAAGGACAGCACCCCCAUCAUGUGCUCCUAUAAGAGGGUGCAGUGCAGUUUCGAAGUCUACGGCUUCCAGGGAAAGACUGAGGACUUCAUACACAGGAACAUCCAGGACAUCCUACUGGUGGGACACAGACAGGCUGUGGCCUGGACAGACGAAUGGCACGGGAUGAGUUUGGAGGAUGUGAGAGAGUAUGAGCGGCAGAUACAGGAACAGACCAACAGCAAACUCAAAUCAACCCAGAACAACAACACAGCCCCUCGUCCGGCAUACUCGCGCUCUAUGUCCGUCACAGAUGAGCGCUCUCUGAAGAAGAUGGGAGUGAAGACUAUGGCCAUGUCAGACCCCUCCACCUCCACACUGCCUCAUAGCACUGUCCGCCUUAACUCCACCCCCGAGUAACACACACGUUCAUACGGAUGCAUCACUUCCUGCCUGCUUAAACCCCUCCGUGACAGUAACAACACCGCAGCAGUUCCUUUUUGUUUUACGGCCAUCCACCACACACAUUUAACCAGUAAAGCUACACUGUCCACAGAAGCAGCACUUAGAGCACUCAGGUCCUACCCCUUUCUCCAGCUGUAACUAUAUAACCCAACCCCCUGUACCUACCCCUUCCCCAGCUGUAACUAUAUAACCCAACCCCCUGUCCUACCCCAUUCUCCAGCUGUAACUAUAUAACCCAACCCCCUGUCCUACCCCUUUCCCCAGCUGUAACUAUAUAACCCAACCCCCUGUCCUACCCCUUUCUCCAGCUGUAACUAUAUAACCCAACCCCUGUCCUACCCCUUUCUCCAGCUGUAACUAUAUAACCCAACCCCCUGUCCUACCCCUUUCUCCAGCUGUAACUAUAUAACCCAACCCCCUGUCCUACCCCUUUCUCCAGCUGUAACUAUAUAACCCAACCCCCUGUCCUACCCCUUUCUCCAGCUGUAACUAUAUAACCCAACCCCCUGUCCUACCCCUUUCUCCAGCUGUAACUAUAUAACCCAACCCCCUGUCCUACCCCUUUCUCCAGCUGUAACUAUAUAACCCAACCCCCUGUCCUACCCCUUUCUCCAGCUGUAACUAUAUAACCCAACCCCCUGUCCUACCCCUUUCUCCAGCUGUGACUAUAUAACCCAACCCCCUGUCCUACCCCUUUCUCCAGCUGUAACUAUAUAACCCAACCCCCUGUCCUACCCCUUUCUCCAGCUGUAACUAUAUAACCCAACCCCAUGUCCUACCCCUUUCUCCAGCUGUAACUAUAUAACCCAACCCCCUGUCCUACCCCUUUCUCCAGCUGUAACUAUAUAACCCAACCCCCUGUCGUACCCCUUUCUCCAGCUGUAACUAUAUAACCCAACCCCCUGUCCUAACCCUUUCUCCAGCUGUAACUAUAUAACCCAACCCCAUGUCCUACCCCUUUUUCCAGCUGUAACUAUAUAACCCAACCCCAUGUCCUACCCCUUUCUCCAGCUGUAACUAUAUAACCCAACCCCCUGUCCUACCCCUUUCUCCAGCUGUAACUAUAUAACCCAACCCCCUGUCCUACCCCUUUCUCCAGCUGUAACUAUAUAACCCAACCCCAUGUCCUACCCCUUUCUCCAGCUGUAACUAUAUAACCCAACCCCCUGUCCUACCCCUUUCUCCAGCUGUAACUAUAUAACCCAACCCCCUGUCGUACCCCUUUCUCCAGCUGUAACUAUAUAACCCAACCCCCUGUCCUACCCCUUUCUCCAGCUGUAACUAUAUAACCCAACCCCCUGUCCUACCCCUUUCUCCAGCUGUAACUAUAUAACCCAACCCCAUGUCCUACCCCUUUCUCCAGCUGUAACUAUAUAACCCAACCCCCUGCCCUACCCCUUUCUCCAGCUGUAACUAUAUAACCCAACCCUCUGUCCUACCCCUUUCUCCAGCUGUAACUAUAUAACCCAACCCUCUGUCCUACCCCUUUCUCCAGCUGUAACUAUAUAACCCAACCCCUGUCCUACCCCUUUCUCCAGCUGUAACUAUAUAACCCAACCCCCUGUCCUACCCCUUUCUCCAGCUGUAACUAUAUAACCCAACCCCCUGUCGUACCCCUUUCUCCAGCUGUAACUAUAUAACCCAACCCCCUGUCAUACCCCUUUCUCCAGCUGUAACUAUAUAACCCAACCCCCUGUCCUACCCCUUUCUCCAGCUGUAACUAUAUAACCCAACCCCCUGUCCUACCCCUUUCUCCAGCUGUAACUAUAUAACCCAACCCCCUGUCCUACCCCUUUCUCCAGCUGUAACUAUAUAACCCAACCCCCUGUCCUACCCCUUUCUCCAGCUGUAACUAUAUAACCCAACCCCCUGUCAUACCCCUUUCUCCAGCUGUAACUAUAUAACCCAACCCCCAGUCCUACCCCUUUCUCCAGCUGUAACUAUAUAACCCAACCCCCUGUCCUACCCCUUUCUCCAGCUGUAACUAUAUAACCCAACCCCCUGUCCUACCCCUUUCUCCAGCUGUAACUAUAUACAUGAAAGUAGACUGAAAUAUUACAAACUGUUUGACAUAGAAACACCCAUUUUCGGCAGGUAAAAAAAAUGAAAUGAUGAAUAACAUUCCACCCAUGAGGCCUCUAGGUAAUUUGACUGCAGGAAAAGGCUACUAGAGUGGAUAUAAUGGUAGGGGAGUGCCGUGGAUCCACAGAGCCCCCCCCAUGCCAUUGGUCAUACUGGGGUUAUUGAUCCGGUGUAUCGAGGCGCUGUAUUGGCUGCUUGAUCGUUCUGCUCCAUGCAGCAAACGGCUGAAACAGGGCUAACCUUCACUGAUGAGUCAAUAGGAUGGCUGUUUUAAACAUGAUUAACUUCUGAUCUAUGGUAAUGGCUGAAACAGGGCUAACCUUCACUGAUGAGCCAAUAGGAUGGCUGUUUUAAACAUGAUUAACUUCUGAUCUAUGGUAAUGGCUGAAACAGGGCUAACCUUCACUGAUGAGUCAAUAGGAUGGCUGUUUUAAACAUGAUUAACUUCUGAUCUAUGGUAAUGGCUGAAACAGGGCUAACCUUCACUGAUGAGCCAAUAGGAUGGCUGUUUUAAACAUGAUUAACUUCUGAUCUAUGGUAAUGGCUGAAACAGGGCUAACCUUCACUGAUGAGUCAAUAGGAUGGCUGUUUUAAACAUGAUUAACUUCUGAUCUAUGGUAAUGGCUGAAACAGGGCUAACCUUCACUGAUGAGUCAAUAGGAUGGCUGUUUUAAACAUGAUUCACUUGUGAUCUAUGGUAAUGGCUGAAACAGGGCUAACCUUCACUGAUGAGUCAAUAGGAUGGCUGUUUUAAACAUGAUUAACUUCUGAUCUAUGGUAAUGGCUGCAACAGGGCUAACCUUCACUGAUGAGUCAAUAGGAUGGCUGUUUUAAACAUGAUUAACUUCUGAUCUAUGGUAAUGGCUGAAACAGGGCUAACCUUCACUGAUGAGUCAAUAGGAUGGCUGUUUUAAACAUGAUUAACUUCUGAUCUAUGGUAAUGGCUGCAACAGGGCUAACCUUCACUGAUGAGCCAAUAGGAUGGCUGUUUUAAACAUGAUUAACUUCUGAUCUAUGGUAAUGGCUGAAACAGGGCUAACCUUCACUGAUGAGUCAAUAGGAUGGCUGUUUUAAACAUGAUUCACUUGUGAUCUAUGGUAAUGGCUGAAACAGGGCUAACCUUCACUGAUGAGUCAAUAGGAUGGCUGUUUUAAACAUGAUUAACUUGUGAUCUAUGGUAAUGGCUGCAACAUGACCUCUGUACAGGCUGUGGAAUAAUCUGACAUACAGGAUGAAUAUCAUUUAUAACUAGGUUUAUAUUGACACAUUAUACAUAUACUGUAUAUUUGGCUGUUUAUCUAUUGUAAUGGAAGUCCAUUGUCAGCUAUGUACCUAUUGUAUGAAUGAAUAAAAGUCUUUAUCUCCUGUA